AUGGCAGGUGAAUCUCAAAGAAGACGUGGCCAAAGUUUCAACUCUAUUUUGACUUCAUUUGGUAUCAGACAGCAAACGAACGAUUCUACAUCGACUACAAAUAGCCAAUACGGAGUGCAGCCCAUGGACAUUCAUCCAUCUUCAAAUCAUACGCCUUCUCAAGUGAGUUUGACGUCAAAUAUCACGCCUACUGCGACGGGGGCAGCGCAUGGUAACGUGAUGAAUAACGGGGGUACCGUUAAUUUAACAAAUAUGCUUGGUACGACUCCUUUUGAUCAGGAGGAGCCACCGCAGUCAAUUUCUGUGGGGCCAACAAAUUCUGCGACAUUGGUGCAACCGGCGGCUUCGCAGGUUUCAUCACAGCUGCCCAUUACGUUGGUUUUAGGUCAACCAGACCAAGCCUUAACUAACAGCGGCAACCAUAAUAUUGCAUCGUCCGCUUUUGAGGGCAAAGACGCCUCUUCAGCGUCGCUGAAAAAUGUACGCCACUUUAUUUAUCCAGCAGUUCCACCAAUAGACGCCAAUAAACUUCAUUUAGAUUUGCCUCAGGAUGGAAGGCUAGUGGAGCUGCUGGAUGAUCAUACGUUAAAGUUGCGUAGGGACAAAAAUGGCUUAUUUUCUAUUAGGUUAACUCCUUUUAUUGAUCAUUCUACAACAAAUAAUCCGGGCCUAUUCUUUGAUCCGAUAGUAAGGACUGCUGGUCCAAGUUCUCAGUUGGUGAUUGGUAGGUACACCGAGCGUGUUCGUGAAGCGAUUGGGUCACUACCCGAUCAAUUUCAUCCUGUUGUCUUUAAAAGCAAAGUUGUAUCACGUACGCAUGGAGUCUUUAAGGUUGACGACCAAGGAAAUUGGUAUGUUCGAGAUGUGAAAUCAUCCUCUGGUACCUUUUUAAAUCAUCAAAGGUUAGCACAAGCCUCAGUGAUGUCCAAAGACUUCCCUUUAAAAGAUGGAGAUAUCUUACAACUGGGCAUGGAUUUCCGUGGUGGCACUGAGGAAAUAUAUAGAUGUGUCAAAAUGAGGGUUGAGUUAAACAAAUCAUGGAAAAUGAGGGCUAAUGCAUUUAAUAAAGAGGCUCUAGCACGUCUAAGGAAUCUACAGAAACUGACAGUUGGUCUUGAAGAGGAAGAUUGUUCAAUCUGCCUAUGCAAAAUUAAACCCUGUCAAGCUAUUUUUAUAUCUCCUUGUUCGCACAGUUGGCACUACCAAUGUAUACGUCGUUUAGUCAUGACUCAGUACCCGCAGUUUGUCUGUCCAAACUGUAGGUCGUCUUGUGAUUUGGAGGCUAGUCUGGAUUCUGAUGACGAGGAGGAUGACGGAAGGGAAGGCUACUGUAAUGAAGACGUUGCUAUAGAUUCUCAAGUGCGUAGCCCACUUGACGUGGCUAUUCAAGAAGAAAAUGAGGACGAUAUACAAAUGUUGAACUAA